CGCCCCCGCUCGGGCUCCGCGGCGCCCCGUGCGCCCGCGGCCUGCCGGGGCCGGGCAGCGCCUGUCCCCUCCGCGCCGCCGGGGCAAGCCACCAGCUCUCGAGCCCUGCGCGGCUCUGCUACGGAGGGGACACGCCGGGCCUACUCGGAGCCGAGGGGCGAUCGCCUUCCCGGGCCGCCCCCCCGCUGCACCCGGUCGCGCGGGCCUCACCAGCCCCGGGCCGCGAGGGUGUAAGUAUGCUGCGGCCGCAGGCCAAAGCCAGCCGCCCGAAGCUGCCCGUGAGCGCCGCGGCCGCCGCCAUCUUCGCGCGGCUCCGCCGGAAGCGGAAGUGGAAGCGGCGCGGACCCUGUGCGUCGACGCAACAGCCCGGCCGGAAACGCGGAUCCUGUGAGGCAGCGGGCCCGGAGCAGCACGGCCAUGGCCUCGGCCACUGUGGAGAGCUUCGUGACCAAGCAGCUGGACCUACUGGAGCUGGAGAGGGACGCGGAGGUGAAAGAGCGCAGGUCCUGGCAGGAGAGCGUCUCCCUGAAGGAGCUCCAGAGCCGGGGCGUGUGUCUGCUGAAGCUGCAGGUGUCCAGCCAGCGCACUGGGCUGUAUGGACGGCUGCUGGUCACCCUGGAGCCCAGGCGCUGCGGCUCUGCCGGAGCGCUUCCCAGCAACAGCUUCACUUCCGGUGACAUUGUGGGUCUGUAUGAUGCUGCCCACGAAGGUGCUCAGCUGGCCUCCGGGAUCCUGACCCGCAUCACCCAGAAAUCGGUCACGGUGGCCUUUGACGAGUCCCAGGAUCUCCAGCUGAACCUGGUCAGAGAGAGCUGCUACAGGCUGUUGAAGCUCGCCAAUGACGUCACGUACAAGCGGCUGAGAGCGGCUCUGGUGGCGCUGAAGAAGUACCACUCGGGGCCGGCGUCCCCGCUCGUCGAGCUGCUCUUCCACGGGUCCCCCCCCAGCCCUGCCGGCGACAUACACCCACUGGUGUUCUACAAUGCCACACUGGACCCCUCCCAGAAGGAAGCCGUCUCAUUUGCUCUGUCCCAGAAAGAGCUCGCCAUCAUCCACGGACCUCCUGGCACCGGGAAAACCACAACCUUGGUCGAAAUAAUCCUUCAGGCUGUGAAGCAAGGCUUAAAGGUUCUGUGCUGUGCCCCAUCUAACAUCGCGGUGGACAACCUGGUGGAGCGUCUGGCGCACUGGAAGCAGCGGGUCGUGCGCCUGGGGCACCCCGCGCGCCUGCUGGAAUCCAUUCAGCAGCACUCUCUGGACGCGGUUCUGGCCCGGAGCGACAGCACCCAGAUCGUGGCGGACAUCAGGAAGGACAUCGACCAGAUCCUGGUGAAAACCAAGAAGACCCAGGAUAAGAGAGAGAGGAGUGACUUCCGGAGCGAAAUCAAGCUGUUGAGGAAGGAGCUGAGGCAGCGGGAGGAGGCUGCCAUGGUGGAGAGCCUCCGGCUGGCCAGCGUGGUCCUGGCCACCAACACAGGAGCUUCUGCUGACGGCCCCCUGAGGCUGCUGCCUGAGAACCACUUUGACGUGGUGGUCAUUGAUGAGUGCGCCCAGGCCCUCGAAGCCAGCUGCUGGAUCCCGCUGCUGAAGGCUAGAAAGUGCAUCCUGGCUGGAGACCACAAGCAGCUGCCGCCCACCAUAGUCUCUCACCGGGCAGCGCAGGAUGGGCUGUCUCGCAGCCUGAUGGAGCGCCUGGCCGAGGACCUCGGGGCGGCAGCAGUGCGGAUGCUGACCGUGCAGUACCGCAUGCACCAGGCCAUCAUGCGCUGGGCCUCGGAGGCCUUGUACGGCGGGCAGCUCACAGCCCACCCCUCCGUGGCGGGGCACCUCCUGAGGGACCUCCCGGGCGUGGCCGACACGGAGGAGACGGGCCUCCCCCUGCUGCUUGUGGACACCGCCGGCUGUGGGCUGCUGGAGCUGGAGGAGGAUGACCAGUCGAGGGGGAACCCGGGCGAAGUCCGCCUGGUCACCCUGCACGUGCAGGCUCUGGUGGACGCUGGCGUGAGUGCGGGUGACAUCGCCGUCAUCACGCCCUACAACCUCCAGGUGGAGCUGCUGAGGCAGAGCCUCGCGCACAGGCACCCCGAGCUGGAGAUCAGGUCUGUGGACGGCUUCCAGGGCCGGGAGAAGGAGGCUGUGGUCCUGUCCUUCGUCAGGUCCAACCGGAAAGGUGAGGUGGGUUUCUUGGCCGAGGACCGGCGGAUCAACGUGGCCGUCACCCGUGCACGUCGCCACGUGGCUAUCGUCUGCGAUUCCCGGACCGUCACCAGCCAUGCCUUUCUGAAGACGCUGGUGGACCAUUUCACGGCGCACGGGGAGGUGCGCACCGCCUUCGAGUACCUCAGUGACAUUGUCCCCGAGAACUACUCCCAGAGCUCCCAGAGCCACAGCCACAGCCGGGCCGCCAAGCCCCGCGGCCCCUCCUCAGCCACGCUGCCUGGGCGGGGGCCCCAGGAGGGGCGCCCGCAGGCUGCCAGCCGUGGCCGCAGGAGACGGGGCCCGAAGCCCGGGGGCCCUGAAGACUGCCCCCAACCCUGCCUCAACGGCGAGGGCCCGGGGGCCGCAGGUGGCGCAGGAGGCGCGGAACACUUCCGGGCCGCGAUCGAGGAGUUCCUGGCCAGCGAGGAGACGCAGCUCACGUUUCCUGCGUCCCUGACGUCUCACGACAGGCUGCGCAUCCACCAGAUGGCCGAGGAGCUGGGGCUGAGGCACGAGAGUGCCGGCGAGGGCAGGGCCCGGUGUGUGACCGUGCGCAAGGGCAGAGCCCCCCGCCCCGCCUCCCCACCCGCGCAGCCCCUGGGGCAGCAGCACAGCCAGGCCCCGCCGGAUCCGAAGGCGCUGCCCCUGGAGAGGCCGCAGAGGGAGAAGGGCGGCCAGGAGCAGCCGGCCAGCGGCGGGCAGCCUGCCGUGGGCACGGGGCUGCGGAAGGCUCCGGAGGAGAGAAAGAAGAAGGGACGCGCGGCCCCAGCCCCACCCCCACCGGCUGAGGAUUUUGACGCCCUGGUGUCGGCUGCCGUGAAGGCCGACAGCACCUGCGCCCAUGCCAAGUGCUCCGCCAGCGUCGUGACCCUGGGCCAGCUCUGCCAGCUCUGCGGCCGCCGCUACUGCCUCAGCCACCACCUGCCCGAGGUCUGGGCCUACGGCGGGAGGGCCCACUCUGGGCAGACCCGGCCCAGGCCCAACGCCCGCUCCUGGCAGCUGCUCCCAGCGCCAGCAGCCCCGAGGGUCCACGGCUGUGGUGAGAAGGCCCGAGCCCACGCCCGACAGAGAAUCAGCCGGGAAGGAGUCCUGUACGCAGGCAGCGGGGCCAAGGACAGGUCCCUGGAUCCAGCCAGGCGGGCUCAGCUCCAGAGGAAGCUGGAUAAGAAGCUGGGGGAGCUCAGCAGCCAGAGGACGAGCAGGAGGAAGGAGAGGGGCACGUGACAGGCCCGUGCUCCACGGCCCGGCCCAGGCGGGGCGGGGCUUGGGGUAAAGGUGGACCCCAGGGAUGAGCUUUCCGGGUGACCACAGGUGGGGACGGCAGGGCGCAGGCCUUCCUGGGUUUGACCUGGGACAGCUGCAGGUCCCUGAAGUGACUUGUACCUCUUCUGGGCUGGCGGCUGCAGUGCUGGGCGCAGCUGGAGAGGCUUGCUGUGUCUUGCUGUGUCCCUCCCUCCUGCCCUCUGUUCCCGUGCCUGCAGCGACCCCAGGGCCACCUGUCAGGUUAGGAAGACUCCUGGCCUUUCCUGCCCUUCCUCUCGUUGGGUUUGGGACUGGCUGAAACGGCUGCUGCCGGGUGACUCUCGUGGGAGGGCCGUCCCAGAGCGCCGGCCUUGCUGUGUCGCCUGCGAUCAGAGCCCCUCUGAGCACCCGCCCCUGACCUCUCCAACUGUUUUGUUUGCGAGAACCUCACUGGAUAUAUUUCAGACCCAGAUUUUUGUUUCAAAGGCAUAUAAGCUAUUUAAAAAUGAAAUAAAAGCACACGCUCGGUUGCCA